GCCCUGCCCCGUUUCCACCCCACGGCCUACAGAUCCGGCCGGCCUCCAUUGCCCUUGUCGUUCCCGUGCCCGGAUCUGGCCGGAGUUCACCGCCACCGUGCCCGCCCGUGUCGGCAACGUGGCGGCCUCCUCAGCCUCGAGGGCGAGCUCCCAGUUGACCGCGUCCGCCGCCGCGACGCCUCGGUCCACCGCGGCCUUCAACGCCCGCCGCGACGCCUCUGUACGCCGCGCUCUACAACGCCAGUCGCGACACCUCGCCCCAUUCCUGGGCUCUGGCGGCGCUCACGUCCGCCGCGACGCAUCCCCUGCCUUGCUUGUGCGGUGUUGACGCCGGCGACAAGCGGUUCAGUAGAGGCAGGGUGUUUUUUUGCAAAAAACCAAACGUUAUCUACAAUUUAAGUAGGACUGCACAUUAAUUUCGGGAAAAUAGGGGGACUUUUUUGCAAAAAUGACAGCGACGGACGACCAGAAGCAUUAGCUGCUUUAUUAGUAGGGAAAGAUACAGUUUCCAUCCGAAUUGGUCAGCUUGAGUUCAAGCUUCAAACGAGAACGAUGACAAGUUGUGAACAACUGGGCCGCGCCCUGUUUGGUCUCCGACUGCUUGACGUACGUGCUACGGCGUACGCCUAUUAUAAACGAGGGGAAUCCCAACGGCGAAAAGCUGCAACGUCAUCUUUCCUCCGAUCGACCUAAUUUUCUCCCGUCGGCCGGCGAUCAAUCUGCUUCAAGUUCAGCUAGGUUUUUCAGCUAAAAGAAAAGGUUUAGCUAGGUUUGCGCUCAUACGUGCAUCUGGUCGGGUGGGUCUGCUCGCAUCAGCGCGUCCACCAUGACAAUGUUGUCGCGGAGUUCUGAUCCUCCCAUGGAUGUCCAAAAAGGCACUGCCUGGCCGGCGGCGACAGAGGAGGAGGAGCUGUCCUGCUGUACCGCGGCGUCGCUGAAAGUGUUCAUGGUGCUGUAUUCGCUGUAUAUGGUUGGCCUGAUCAUAUGGAUGUUCAAGGUUUGCGAAAAUUGGUGGCAGGCAUGGCCGGCUGUUUUUCUCGUGUUAGUCUGGGUAUUGGCACUCCUGGUGCUUGCCGGGCAACAUGCCAAAGUAACGUUGUCCGCGAGUUCUGAUCAUUGCCUGGACCUCGAGAAAGGCGCUGGGCCAACGCUGACCAAGGAGGAGGAGCUGGCCAAGGUGAACUCUCGCAUUGCCAAGGGUAUCAUGGUGGUUCUGCACUGCUAUCUACCGAUCGGACGAAUGGAGGGAUUGGGAGAUGGUCUAGCGAGCGACGGAAGCCGGGGUUCCGCCGUGAGCAUGGCUGGGAUUGAAGACAUGUUUGCAGGCGCCAUUAUCCCUGCCGGCGAGGAUGUCCAUCCCAGCAGUAACGACGGCCAGCAAUAUGUUGAUCCACCAACUUAGUCUGAAGCAAUUUUCUAUGCUAAUUCCUUCGGCCAAGCACGGCGGGGCACUCUCGAUACAUGGAAUGCCUGUCCGUACAGCAGGGAAGAACGACACACAUGGCCAGGUUGGUUUUUUUUUCCUCAUGCUAACUGAAAUUAAAAUACGCAUGCAAUCAUCGUCAUGGUUCCAAAAUCCUCCCUGAUGGAAUUGACCAUUACAGAACAAUACUUUAGCGAGUCCAAACCUAAGAAUACAAUUAAAUCCGUACCACGAUACAAAACGCACUCUAAAGAAUACGAAAACAAAUACAUCAGACUCAUAUUACAUAACCUGCAAAUAGUUUCUCAGGAAAAAAUACAAGUCUCUCGUAACUUAUUUGAUAUAUAAUGGAAUCACCGUGGUUCGCCUCGCAAGUCCUUUGCAGAUGCCCCGCCCCCCUUAGGACUUGUUGAUUGUGUCCAUGCUGAAUUGCUGAUAGCGAUAAUCUUGCCAAAUUUCUUGGCCCACCUCUCAACAAUCAGUCUGGCAAAUCUUGAAUUUUGCAGGGAGUUGCCAGAUGUUCUUGGCUAAUCCCAAAACUUCAUAAAAAAGAAUCAUCCUGGACUGGUCGAUCUCAUAUCCUAACUUGGUGAAAACAAAAACAUAUGGCGCAUCAGGGGAAUUGCUCGUGAUUUAAGUUGAUUUUGUGCCGUCGUUCUGAUGUGAGGAUAGAGUUCUCUGUAGUUUUGUCCUCAUCCACUGCCUCGCAUAAUGUAGCGCCAGGAUCCCGUUUGAAGCAAUGAAGUUGUUGAACGCGAAACUUUCAGCCCAGUCAGGAAGUGGGAGGAACGUGGAAGAGUCGAAGAGAGUUUGCUCAAACUCUACUACGUGAAUGAUGGGAGGGACGCACCUCUGACGGAAUGAUUUGAGGAAUGCUGUAUUCUUAACGGAGCAGUACCAUGAUGGAAAAACUGCGGAGGCUCGAACGAGGUUGUCGACUCUUCCAAGACGGAGAACAUCUGCUGCAUCAGAUCCGACUCCUCGCGGAGCAGCUUCUCGAUGGGGCAGCCAUCGUGCAUCUCGCUGUGAUUUCUAUCGUACGCUCUUGGGUGGAGUAGUGGUUCUUUGCUGCUCAAAGUGAAAAUUUGGUGUGUCUAAAUGCGAUACAUUUCUGUCCUCACACCGAGCUCUCUCCCUUUGUGUGGACUGGAUAUACAGAGAAAAUCUUGAUGUAGGGGCCAUGACACGCGCAUCGAAGACUGACGAUUUUUGUGUGCGUCUCGGGCCACGCUCAGCGUGUAGGAAGCAGUGGAGGACACAGCCCUACUCUUGUUUUUUACCGGCAGGAAUCCUAGAGGCAUGGGCGUGGACGGCUCAGUAUCUGCAGACUUUGAAAAUUUAUCUCUGCCGUGCUCAACUUUAUACAUGAUGACGAAUGGUUUGAAUGGUUGGAUGCAACAAGGUA